AUGGCUCAUUAAGAUUUAAGCAAAAGUCCAGGAGAUGAAAUAUUCUAACAUCUUGAAAGAAAUACAAAUAUCUAUCUUUAAACUUAGAAUUAACAUAUCUAAUCUUAAAAUAACUGUGAUAAUCAAAUACCUUAAUUAAUUACUCAAAUCAUUCCUUAAAUUACAAGUCUUAGAUAAAUUAAGUUAGUCAAUUCACUUGUUUAAACUGGUGAUGGAUAAAUUUACUCUGUUAAACUAAUUUGUUAGAAUUGCAAAAAAUAAGUAAUUAUAUAUUUCAAUCUUGUUAAUAGAUUCAAACUAAAUUAUGUAGAAGAGUUGGAAAAGGUACAUUUAUGGUUUCAUGUCUUUUACUUUUAUGUUCUUUUGGAAUCUUAUGUCUAGCUUGUCUACCUUGUUAUAUGGAUGAUUGCAAAGAUAUCAUACAUAUUUGUCCAGAUUGUUAACAUCCAAAUGGAUCAACACCAUACUAAUUUUUUGAAUGA